UUUUUUUUUCGUCUUUUUUUUUUUGCCUCAACUCCCGCGACGACCGCCAUCAAAUUCACCAACAGCGCUUUUGGCGAAGAGAAUUGUGCGCUAUGGGUCGCAACAAACGUGGUAAUAACCGCAGAGGCGGCGGCAAUGGCGGCCACUUCGAUGGCAAGCGCCGUGCCGACACUGCCACCAACAACCGCUACAACUCAUAUCCCUCCAUCACCAAGGAGAGCGAGAAACUCCAGAGGUUCUACGAUGCGCUCCUGUCCUUCUCUGACGAGGAGAAGGAGGAGUUCUGGGCCGCUUACCGCCGGGAGCUCCCCAACAGCUUUCGCUUCUGCGGCUCCAAGGGUCAUGCCUCCGAGGUCAUGAAGCUCAUGCACACCCGGUACAUCCCCGAGAUCACCGACAUCACUCACGAUGACCAGCCUGUCGACCCGCCCAAGCCAGUCGACUGGUUCCCCGACCUUCUGGCCUGGUGGAUGACCACGCCCAAGAACGUCGUCCGCAAAUUCCCCCCCUUUGCGAAGUUCCAGAAAUUCCUCGUCUCCGAGACGAGCGUCGGCAAUAUCAGCCGGCAAGAGGUCGUCAGCAUGAUCCCGCCCCUGCUCCUGGACGUGAAGCCCGGCAUGGCUGUCCUCGAUAUGUGUGCCGCCCCGGGAAGCAAGGCCGCACAGCUGCUCGAAAUGCUCCAUGUCGGAGAGGAGGGCAGGAUGAAGGCCUUUAUGAAAAAGUUCGCCAAGGAGGAGGGCCGCGAGGCUGCUGCCCCCGAGGAUCAGGAGGAAGUGGAUCUGGAAACAGACGCUGGAGAUGACGGCCGCGCCACGGGCCUGCUGAUUGCCAAUGAUGCCGAGUACAAGCGAUGCCACAUGCUUGUCCACCAGCUCAAGAGGCUCUCCUCCCCAAACCUGCUUGUCACCAACCAUGACGCCACCCUCUACCCCUCGCUCCGCCUACCAUCCGAUGACCCAAAGAAGGGCAACUACCUCAAGUUCGAUCGCAUCCUUGCCGAUGUUCCGUGCUCGGGCGACGGCACCCUGAGGAAAAACGUGAACCUCUGGAGGGAAUGGCAGCCUGGCAGUGCUCUGGGGCUCCACUUGACCCAAACACGCAUUCUCGUCCGAGCUCUCCAGAUGCUCAAGGUUGGUGGCAAGGUCGUCUAUUCUACUUGCAGCAUGAACCCUGUUGAGAACGAGGCCGUCAUUGCAGCCGCCAUUGAGCGUUGUGGCGGGCUCGAGACGAUUGAAAUUCUCGACAGCAGUGAGUCCCUUCCUGGCCUGAAGAGGCGGCCCGGCCUCAAGACCUGGAAGGUCAUGGACAAGGCCAGCCGCGUCUGGAACAGCUGGGAGGAGGUAGAGGAGCAUCACGGCGAUGCUCGGGACAGCCGAACCGCGCCCGGGAGGCUUUCGCGUUCCAUGUUCCCCACGACUAGCCCCGAUGCACCUCAGAUCCCCCUUGAGCGCUGCACAAGGAUAUACCCCCAUCUGCAGGAUACCGGAGGCUUCUUCAUCGUUGUCCUCCAGAAGAAGGCAGAGUUCAAGGCCAAGACCGAAGCCGAACUCGCCAAAAACGGCGUGGCCGCUAUCAAAACGGAGACGACCCCCGUCCCCAAGAACAGCGAGGAUGCACAGGGGGUUAAGCGUGAGAGGGAAGAGGUGGAGCCUGAGGAGCCGGCAGCGAUUAAGAAGACAAAGUCAGAGAGCGGGGCACAGCCCGCGUCCGAUACACCGGUAGAACCAGCCGACGUUGGCAUGACUGGCAGCAUCAAGGAGGAGCCGACGUUGCAGCCACAGGUGAAGGAGGAAGAGGUGCCGACGAAGGAGGAAGAGGUGCCGACGAAGGAGGAAAAGACGCAGACUGAAGAUGAGCAGCCGGCCGUCAAGACGGAACAGACCUCGGCCGAUCCGCCGCAGGAGCUCAAAAAGAAGCGGGACGGUCCUUAUGAGGAACCGUUCAAGUACCUGCCGACUGACCAUGCCGUCAUUCAGCUCGUACAGAAGUUCUACAACCUCUCGCAGCGCUUCCCUAUCGACAGAUUCAUGGUGCGCAAUGCGAUGGGUGAGCCGGCAAAGGCCAUCUACUACACAAGUGCGCUUGUGAGGGACAUCCUGGUGCAGAACGAGGGCCGCGGCGUCAGGUUCGUCCACGGCGGUGUCAAGAUGUUCAUGAAGCAGGACGCGCCGUCGGCCGAGGUGUGCGGCUGGCGCAUCCAGUCGGAAGGAAUGCCCAUCCUCCAGGGCUACGUUGGCCCUGAGCGAGUCCUUUACCUACACUCGAAGGAGACGCUGCGGAAGCUCCUGAUUGAGAUGUUCCCCAAACUAGCCGACGGUGGCUGGAAGGAGCUUGGGGAGGUUGGCAAGCCGGCCAUGGACAUUGGCCUGGGCUGCUGUGUCCUCAGAGUCGAGCCAGGCCCGGGGGAUGGGAACAUGGAGCGGAUGGCGCUUCCGCUGUGGAAAAGCUUCCACUCGCUCAACCUCAUGCUGCCCAAGGAGGAUCGCGCAGCAAUGCUACUCCGCAUUUUCAACGAGACGUCCGUCCUACUAAACAAGGGCCUUGUCAAGGAUGCCAAGGUUGAGAAGACGGAGGGCAGCGAGGAAGCCGAAGUCAAGGCCGAACCCGAGGAUGUCGACCAUGAGGAAGGAGGUGCGAAGCUCGACAGCGCGGCAGCUACCAAGCCGGUGAAGGGGGAAGCUGCCGAGGUGCCCGAGAAGAUGGAUCUAGACGAGACCCCCACUACUACGAUACCCGCACCGAAGGUGGAGGAGUCUGAGACUUGAAAGCCGCCCGGUUGGACAGUUCAGCAUAUCCUAGGACGUUCUGCAAAUUCAUGUUUUAUCGGUCUCUAGAAAAGGGGCUCAGUGGCCAAGGGAAAACGUGAGAAUAAAGAGAGCGAUGAAUAAGAAUACAUAUAAACACUAAAUAAGACCUGAUUUUGUGACUUG